AUGGGUUUAUUUGGCAAAACUCCCGAAAAAAAUCCAAAAGAAAUGGUGAAUGAGUGGUCUCAUAAACUACGAAAAGAAGGAUAUAAUCUGGACAGGCAAAUAAGAGGCAUACAACGUGAAGAGGAGAAAAUCAAAAGGUCCCUAAAGGAAGCAGCCACCAAGGGUGACAAGCAAGUGUGCACUAUUCUAGCUAAAGAGAUAAUCAGAUCAAGAAAGGCAAUUAGUAAAAUAUACACCAGCAAAGCACAUCUCAAUUCAGUACAACUGCAGAUGAAGAAUCAAUUAGCUACUCUAAGAGUUGCUGGGUCACUGCAGAAAUCAACUGAGGUAAUGCAAGCAAUGCAGGCGUUGAUACGCUUACCCGAAGUGGCACAAACCAUGCAGGAAUUAAGCAAGGAGAUGAUGCGAGCUGGCAUCAUUGAGGAAAUGUUGGAUGAUACCAUGUCUUCUAUGGAAGAUGAGGAGGAAAUGGAGGAAGCAGCGCAAACUGAAGUUGAUAAGGUACUAUGGGAACUAACGCAAGGCAAACUGGGUGAGGCUCCUGCGCCACCCACCGCAGUUGGAGCACCUUCUACGAGCAAAGAGGAAGAACCUAUCCUAAUGGAUAGAACAUGUCCUGUUCGAGUCAGAGAUCUUAAACGAUUUUCAUGUUGA